GGUAAGCAUAUGACUAUCGACGUAAGUAAAGCUAACUUCACUUUUCAUAGUCACAAGACCACUCAGCUGAGGCUGUGUUCGAUUCUCUAUUUUUUAAAAGGAGGAUCAAUUUUUUGAUUUUACCCUAGUAAAAUCAGGUGUGGUUAUUAAAUUACUAGGCCAAAAUGGCUAACAUCGGUGAUGAAAAGGUUAGCCAGCUGAUCCCGACGCUGGGUGAUGAUAAAAUCGACAUGAUUGCCGCAACCAGCGUCCUGCAGAUUCGUGCGAGCGAGAUCCGUCAGACCCAGAUCAACUGGCAAUCGUAUCUGCAGGGUCAGAUGAUCACGCAGCGGGAUCAUGACUUCAUCGUGAAUUUGGACCAGCGCGGUCAGAAGGACCUGCCCGACAAAAACCCCGAUGCCUGCGCAGAUGUGUUCUUGAACCUACUGACGCACAUCAGCAAGGACCACACCAUCCAGUACAUACUUGUGCUCAUUGAUGACAUUCUAUCGGAAGACAAGUCAAGAGUGAAAAUCUUCCGUGAGACCAAGUACUCUGGCAACAUCUGGCAACCAUUCUUGAACCUCUUGAAUCGUCAAGAUGAAUUUGUGCAGCACAUGACCGCGCGCAUCAUCGCCAAGCUGGCCUGCUGGCAUCCACAACUCAUGGACAAGAGUGACCUGCAUUUCUACCUCUCCUGGCUGAAGGAUCAACUCAAGAUGAAUGCGGAGAAAAUGUCUGCUGAGUUAGAGCAUGCAGAGCAGGUUAUGUUGGCGCACGAGAAAGAGAAUUUCUCCGAUAAACACAAACAUCACAAGGAAAAGGAACAUUCCGAUGCAGCUGAGAAAUACUGCAGCCUUUACAGCUCUUUUGAUGAGCUGAAACCGCAUGAGGACUUGCCUCCUGGUCUGCAUAAGAACAACGAUUACAUCCAGUCUGUGGCUCGAUGCCUGCAAAUGAUGCUGCGCGUCGACGAGUACCGCUUUGCAUUCCUGUCUGUCGAUGGCAUCUCCACGCUGCUGUCCAUCCUGGCUUCCAGAGUCAACUUUCAGGUGCAAUACCAGCUGGUAUUCUGCCUGUGGGUGCUGACGUUCAACCCGCUGCUGGCCGAGAAAAUGAACAAGUUCAACGCCAUCCCGAUCCUCGCGGACAUCCUCAGCGACUCGGUGAAGGAAAAGGUCACUCGCAUCGUGCUCGCCGUAUUCCGCAACUUGAUUGAGAAACCUCAAGACCAACAGGUUGCAAAGGAACAUUGCAUCGCUAUGGUUCAGUGCAAAGUAUUGAAGCAACUGUCCAUCCUCGAGCAGAAGCGCUCUGAUGACGAGGACAUCAUGAACGACGUGGAGUUCCUCAAUGAACGUCUGCAGGCUUCCGUACAAGACCUUAGCUCCUUUGACCAAUACGCCACUGAAGUCAAGAGUGGACGCCUGGAGUGGUCUCCGGUGCACAAGUCGGCGAAGUUCUGGCGCGAGAACGCGGCGCGCCUCAACGAGCGCGGGCAGGAGCUGCUGCGCACGCUCGUGCACCUGCUCGAGAAGAGUCACGACCCCGUCGUGCUCGCCGUGGCCUGCUACGACGUCGGCGAGUACGUGCGCCACUACCCGCGCGGGAAGCAUAUUAUCGAACAGUUGGGCGGUAAACAACGUGUCAUGUAUCUGUUGAGCCACGACGACCCCAAUGUGAGAUACGAAGCUCUGCUGGCUGUACAAAAACUUAUGGUCCACAACUGGGAGUACCUCGGCAAGCAACUGGAGAAGGAGCAGAUCGACAAACAGGCCGGAACCGUGGUCGGAGCUAAAGCCUAAUGUUGUUACCAAACCUUAUUUAAACUAGUUUGUUGUUAUUGUUGCCUUUAAUGCGCUCGGCUUGUAUUACAGUUAUAAAGUAGCACUUUUGUACAUAACACCAGUCGGAAUUAAAACGCGUAUUAAUGUGAACAUUUUUGAAAAUCUAUAUUGUAAUAUGUGACCUUAAUGUAAAUAUUCAAAUGUUCUAUUUAUGAUUAAAAGUUGUUAUUCGCAAACUGUAUACAGUAUAUAAAAUAUAUCACAGCCACUUGUCCUCCAGAUCAUUUAUAAAUUGAUUUGUGCACAUUCCUUAUGGUCAUUUAUGGCUACGUGAUAGAGAAAUUGUUUAGCGUGUAAUGUCGAAACUAAAUAUUAGAUUGUCAAUAUGUGGAGUGAAGAAGUUAUUGUAAUGGAUUAAACAGUAUUGUGAAUAAACUUCAUGAAAUUAGUA